UGCAAGAAGAAGAUAGCAAGAAAGAAGAGUGUUGUAAGAAGUUCUGAGUUGUGUGAAUGUUUGCGGCUACUGUCGACCACGGUGUUUACAGAUCGGACGCCUAAAGGCAUUGCCUAAUAAAAAUCAUCAACACAAAGACCGAACCGGCCCCUCCGGGAAAGCGACAAGGCUAGUCCAAGACAAAUUGUCAACGACGGGCAAGUGAACGAUACACACAUGAGUUUUUAUAAGCUCCCCUUCCCCUUGUAGCUUAUUGUAUGAGGAGCCGAUGAAAUACGCGAAAAGUAAAUAUUUGUGCGCGUUGAAAAAAUUCAUUGAAAAAACUUGUGGGGUGUGGAAAAAUCACAGCUGAUUGCUGAGAGGCCUUUGAAGUAGCCAGCAAAUAAAGUGAAAUGAAAUAUUGCGCAAGUGGCAACGCUUGAUGCGUUUUGAUUGAAGCAAAAAUACAUCGGCUUAUUGAUAAAUGUUAUUUAAUUAAGAAAUACACAACAAUUGUAUAACUCAAACGAACGUCAAAGUGUCAAAAAAAUAAUAAACAAGAAGCAGCAGCCCCACAACCAGCAACCAGUACCAGCAACAACAACAAACAACAACAACAACAGAUGCAAAGCGGCUACUCAAGCUAAUUGAUUUUUGUUGCUGUUUUGCACGAAUACCAAUGCAAUGAGCCGUUCAAAAGCUGUCCGUGUAUAUAAUGCGACAAAAACAACAAUAACGACGAGAGCAACAACAACAACAACUAUUAGCAACGCAUUUGACUUGCAAGAAAAUACGAAAAAACAGCAACAACAAGGGCAAGUGCCGCUCACUAACUGCGUGCGUUUCGUGCGCGUUUUUUGUCGUUAGCGCGCGCGCGCGUUUUUUAAUUAAUUUUAAGUGUCGUUUUGCUUCUACGUUUUUUUUUUUUGGUUUAACCUUCCUCUUUGUCGUUGCCGUCGCUGCUGUUGUUGUAAUUGCGCGCCCUUUUUUCGGUGCUUUUGGGCUGACUAGCCGGAAAUCAGCAAUUUAAUUUACAAUACAACUCGGCCCCGGGCCAAGGAGCUGUUCGGCAUAAGACAUAAAAAGGAAGCGAGGCAGCGAGGAAAACGCAUCAAAAUGUUCGCAGGCAUAAGAAAACGCCUGGCACGCAAUAAAAAUGAGAAGGAUUGCGACGAUGACGACAAGGAUGAUGUCCAUGACAUUAUGCCGCCGGCCAAUUACAUACAAAUAUCGCAGGGCAAGAUACAGUUGGUGCAUCAGACGCGCUCGCUGGAGCAGGACACCGGCAGCAGUGGUGGGACUUUGAGUCUGGAGCGCAGCGAUAAGGAUGUUUUGGAAAAGCGCUUGAUCGAAGUUGAAGGCGCGCUGCUGCGUUUGCAGGAGCAGUUCCAUAAAAGCCAAUGCGGGUCACCAACGUUCGAGAAGGAAUUGCGCGAACAAAUUGAAAACAUGAAUCGCAUUAUGAAAUCCAAAGAACGCAAACAACUGCAGACAUGUCGGGAUCACAAGGCACUACAGCUCUCACUUUUGCAGACACGCUUCGCCCGGCAGGAGAGCCUUCUGCAUUCCAUGCGGCAGGAGAACCGAGCAUUGCUGACGCGCAUUCGUCAAUACGAGCAUUGCCUGGACGAUGUCAUGCGCAAGGUCGUGGAUGCCAUUGUCGCCGAGGAUAAUCUGCGGGAGGAGGUGACCAUGCUAAAGAGUCGCGUGCGCGAUCUGGAGGCCCAAAACGCCGCAUUGUCCGCCAGCCCAGUAAAAGGACGUGACGAAGGCUACUGCACCAUGAGCAGUGGACAGCCGCAGCCUUCAAAUGGACAUCUCGAAGAUUUGCCCGAGGAGCCUGAGCAGUGGCUACUACCGGCGGAACCGUGCUCGACGGAAAUGGAGGACUGGAGCAUGUCGCAGGAGGAGCUGGCUGUGAUAACCUUCGACGACGAGCGCGAACAACAACACCAACAACAACAACUGCUCCAGCGGGAACAGCGCAAGCGGGAACGGGACUGGCUCUGGCACUCCAACGACUUCAUCAAUUCGACAACCGUUGAGACUGACUCCGUGGCCGAUGGCAUAGCUCAGUUAUUGCAGCAAAAGAUUGUUUACUCCGAGGACGAGGAGGUAGCCUGCACCGACUUCACUAACGACUUUUAUAAACUGGUGAAUAUUCGCACGAAUUCAUCGCGCAGUCUCUAUUCCUACCUGGAGGGCGAAACCGACGACGAAGACGAUGAAGACGAGGGUGAUGACGAAGAUCAGGACUCCAGCAUGUCGGAGAGCCAAGUCCGGCUGGGCUCGUGCAACUCGACGGCGUUUGCCGCCGGAAACAAAACGCCUAGUCCCACGCCCAGUGAGGCGGGCCGUGCGCAACUAACCAGCUGCUCUUCCAGUGAAACGGACGAACUUUCCGGCUCACAUCCGCCGUUGCAUGAGCACGAACAUGGGGAGGAGGAAGAGCAUGACUAUGCAGUCAUAGACGAAUGUCGUCGCCGGGUCAGCGAUAUAGAAAUCGAAGAUGUGCCCCUGAUAAAUACCAACAACAGCAGCGGCAGCGGGAGCAGCAGUAGCAGCCCCCACAGCAACGAUGCCACGCCCCCACAGCCGAUCAACGAACAGCAGUGCAUAGCGCAGAUCAUCAAGAGCGAGCUGCGGCGACCGCCCCAUGUGCUGGUCAAGUCCAAGUCAGUGCUGGAGGAGCAGGAGCCCAGCUGCAUCCUGCGUCAGAAUCAGCGACGCGAGCUCGAGUCGAGUGUGGUGCGCAGCGGCAGUAUCAGCAGCGCCAUAGCGGCACAAAUGGGCAAGGAACAGCCACCGGUCCCGCCACCAGCAGUGGUGUCCAAACUGAAGGAGCGCAUACUACAGCGACAGACACAACCGGUCAACUCCUGGCGCCGAAGCAACGGCUGGAAACGAGUAACCUCACCGGUGCAGACGGCGCAGGUAUCGCAGACGGCCGGGGCCUCAUCGCUUGCUUCGCCAAAGAAGGACACAAAAUCAACUGAGUUGCCAAAGAGUUGUCCGUCGGUAAAGGCACCGCCGACCCGCAUUCCUACGUGCAUCAGUGCCCUGCAGGCAUCCCAGCAGAGACUGCAACUGCAACAGCCGCCGCAUCAACAGCAACAACGCAAAUCCAAAAUUCCACCGCCAGUUCCCGUGCGUCGUUCCUAUGCAAGUUAAGGCAAUUAGUUAUUUGACAGCAGCACUGCAAAAUCUCAAAAAGAAACUUGUUCGAAAAUACGAAAAUAUUAAUUAAACGUUAUGUUAUUAGUAGGCGUAUGCACAUACAUACAUACAUACAUACAUAUAUAUUUAAAGAUUUAAAAAGACUAAAUUGUGAUAUAUACUGAAGAGCCGAAAACGAAGAGCAAAGAAAUUGUGUAACUGUACUAAAUAUUUAUACACGUAACGAAAACGCAGAGUUAUAAGAAACAUUUGUAACGAUAUUUGCAAAAGCUGCCUCUACACAAUAAUAAUAAUAUAAAAUAAUUAUAAAAAUAAUAAUUAUAAAGUGCACACUUAGGCUCGCCGCGCUCUACCAAAUUUUGUAGAGCAUCGGUGGAAGCAUCGCAAUGGGUGAGACUUGUUCCAGAAAAUGCAUUUUCAAAUCCAUACAGUUCGGCGUUAUAACCUCUUUUUUCAAACGUAUUCACAUACAAUAGCCAAACAACAUAAAAAAUGUCUAAUUAGAGAACAACUUCACACUAUUAGCUAUUGAAAAUUAAAGAUAACAGAGUAGUCUUCCGCACAAAUGGAGUGUAAUCUAUGUUUGUAGAGAACAAUAGUUAAUUGAUAGAAAACACAUUAUUUAACGUUAAACAGACAAACAAACUUGAAAAAAUACUAAAAAGGGUUAGGCAUUCGCAUAUUUCAUAGAUGAGAAUAUAUUUAGACGUGUGUAACUAUAAAUAGCAACUCAUACACACAAAACAUAAAUUAUGGUUUCUAACAUUAACAAUAAAUUGUAAAUAUACAAGGAGAAAUGAAAUCCAUUAAACAAAAACUUGGAACAUGAUUAUGACGAACCUCUUCAUCUACAGUAGUUAGCUCUUUAAGCAGUUACGAUGUGAAUCUUAAGACAACUGACAUGCUAUCAUUAUAAAGGCACACACCAAA